CACGCUGACCUGAAGCACCUGAGGACGCAUCGCCAGCAGGCCGCGAAAUGCGAGGCCUAAUGCGAUGGCUCCGCCUGCUAGUCGCCGUGACCACAGCCGAAGCGCAUGGCUACAUGACCAAGCCGUCGGCUCGGGAGGCGUUCUGGGUCGAUGGUAUCGUCUGUGAUGCGUCGAGCCUCAACCCCGGCUCCUUUUGCUGGGCCCAGCCGCACAACUUCCAGCAGGCCAACCACCCAUUUACCUUCUUUGCGCCCGAGGUCGCAUCUGGCAUGCAGCACUCCGACGACGCUUUUGCGUGCCACGACAUGAGGGCGGCGGCGGCGCCGACCGACACAAUCACCGCUGGGGCGGCGCUCGCCGUCGAGUGGUACCUGCAGGCAAAUCAUCCCGGCGACUGCGCCCUGUACAUCUCGUACGACACAGACAUGCUGGACACUCCACGUCGCUGGAUCAAGCUCAAGAACUUUGUGGGCUGCGCGGGCGACGCGGGGAUGCUGGACCCGACGGUCCCGCCGAGCGGCAUCAACACGGCCACCGUGACACUGCCCGACUGGCUGCCCUCGUGCGACCACUGCGUGAUUCGGUGGGAAUGGUACGCCAUCCACACGGUCGACAUGCAGCAGUACGCCACCUGCAGCGACGUGCGCGUCGUCGGCACCUCCGAGCCGCACGACACCUUCCUCUCCAAGGUGUCGCCCGUGCUCGACCUGUUCGGGGCGGAGCACUUGCGCGGCCCCGUCCGCAACCCGUACGCCACCUGCCCCUCCUGCCCCAACAGCGGGAUCGAGCUCGGCGAGGAGUACAUUCUCGGGCCGCAAGUCGCAGCCUACAGUGCCGACCCAUCUCCCGGCCCGCCGCCGCUGCCGCCCCGCCCGCCACCCGGGCCGCAGCCUCCCCCGUCGCCGCCGCCGCCUUCCUCGCCGCCGCCGCCGCCUCCUGCCCCAGAAACGGCAUGCUCCGUGUGCGCCCACCCCGACUGCGGCUGCGAUCUCCUCGGUCGACCUUGGUGCGCCGUGAGCCACUGCCACGACCAGCUGGACAGCAGCGGCUCUUGCACGUGGGGAGUCUCUUGCGCGACCGUGACGCCCUCGCCCUCGCCAACCCCGCCGCCACCCCCGUCCCCAUCCCCGUCCCCGCCGCCAUCGCUGUCGCCAUCCCCGCCGCCACCUCGCUCGGCCGCACCCGCUCCCCCGGGCUCUCACGUCAUCCGUUGGGGUUCCGACUGCGACGUCCCCGCGGGCGGCUUCUGUGGCGUCGCCUCGCUCACCAUCCGCGCCGGCGAGACCGUCACGUGGGUCGCGUCGGGCCACAACUUGCCGCCGCGAGCGCCUGCGAUUCGCGCCCCCGCCCACGCCGCUCGCUCGCCGCCGCCGUGCCCAGGCGCCAACCGGACGCACGACAACCUCUUUUCGCUCGUCGACGAGGCGAGCUUCUCGCACACCUUCGCCGCGCCGGGGGACUUCCCCUACUUCUGUGGGCCGCACUCACGCAUGAACGCAAAGAUCACCGUCGUCAGCGUGGCCGCGCCGACCCCUCCGCCUCCCUCCGCCUCGCCGCCGCCGCCGCCUCCGUCCGCCUCGCCGUCGCCGCCGCCUCCGUCCGCCUCGUCAUCGCCGCCACCUCCCUCGUCCUCCGGCAGCCCUACUUGCGAGGCAGCACCGCACGACCCGGCCUCCAACCUGGUGAGAUUUAGCCGAGAUAAGCCGCAGUGCAAGCCGAGAGAUGAACAGCCAACAGCGACAUACGUGGCCGAGAUGUCUGGCCCACACGCCGCCCUGCCGAGAGCAGGCGCUGGGCGACUCGCUCAUGCUCGCCACCUUUGCGUCUGGCGGCACCACCUUUGUCGUCCGUUGCGAUAUGUGAGGACGUGGAGAGGCCCACCGCUCAUCGCCCGCAGUCGCGUUGAUUGCAGAGGCGAUGCCGCAGAGCAUGCUCGCCUGGAGGCUGUGGAUAUGUUGAAUACGUGCAGACCUACACGUCGGGAGAGACACCGCAGAUACGGUUGGCGCGGGUUGCUACGCCCGCGCGCCGCCCCUCUUGAGAGUAUCUGCAGCCGCCUAAGGCAUGGUGUCGCGCGCGUGUACAAGAAUUCUUUGGCGGCUUGUCCUGUCGUGGGACGUCGAGGGUUAUGGACAAAGGUCCCCGGUUAGAGCGCUAUAGUGUAAUCAGAGACUGAGGCGGCUUUCCUGUCGUAGUUAGUUGGUUCCCGGGUCCGUCACCCUGGUACAAGGAGACACA